GGCCGCGUCCUCGGGAGCCGUGGCGGCGGCGGCGGCGGCGGCGGCGGCGGCGGUAGCCUCAGCUCCUGCUCCCCGUGCCGCCGGCCCCAGAGCUGUCUCCCGGGCCCCCCCGGGCCCCCGGGCCCUCGAGCCCGGUGCGCGCCCUCGCGUCCCGCCGGCCCCCUCCCCCGGCUGGGCCCGGGGGAGGGUGGCGCCGUGAGCGAGCUGGGAUCGGGCUUUCCUGCCCCUUCCCCUGCCCCUGGGCAGCCAGGAUGGAGGCGGGGUCGGGUCCCCCCGGCGGCCCGGGAUCCGAGAGCCCCAACCGGGCGGUGGAGUACCUGCUGGAGCUGAACAACAUCAUCGAGAGCCAGCAGCAGCUGCUGGAGACCCAGCGGCGGCGCAUCGAAGAGCUGGAGGGCCAGCUGGACCAGCUCACCCAGGAGAACCGCGAUCUGAGGGAGGAGAGCCAGCUGCACCGCGGGGAGCUGCACCGGGACCCCCACGGCGCGCGGGAUAGCCCGAGCCGCGAGAGCCAGUACCAGAACCUGCGUGAGACCCAGUUCCACCACCGCGAGCUGCGGGAGAGCCAGUUCCACCAGGCGGCCCGGGACGUGGGCUACCCGAACCGGGACGGCGCCUACCAGAACCGGGAGGCUGUGUAUCGGGACAAGGAGCGGGACGCCUCCUACCCACUCCAGGACACUGCUGCUUACUCUGCCCGCGAGCGCGACGUGGCCCAGUGCCACCUGCACCACGAGAACCCAGCCCUGGGUCGCGAGCGUGGCGGGAGGGAGGCUGGGCCGGCGCACCCGGGCCGCGAGAAGGAAUCCGGCUAUUCGGCGGCGGUGGGCGUGGGGCCCCGGCCACCGCGGGAGCGGGGCCAGCUGAGCCGCGGCGCAUCCAGGAGCUCCAGCCCCGGGGCCGGCGGCGGCCACAGCACCAGUACCAGCACCAGCCCCGCCACAACCCUCCAGAGAAAAUCUGAUGGUGAGAAUUCCAGAACAGUCAGGUCCACAGCGUCUCAUACUCUACACCAGUAUUGCUGUCCUACUCAGGUCCUUGACUCCAUGAAGCUUACCCCCUCAGGCAGGCUGGCAGAGAGCAGUGUGGAGGGUGAUGCCCCAGGCAGUGACCUGAGCACAGCGGUUGAUAGUCCUGGGAGCCAACCCCCCUACCGGCUGAGCCAGCUUCCCCCCACCAGCAGCCACAUGGGGGGCCCCCCUGCUGGGGUGGGCCUUCCCUGGGCUCAGCGGGCGCGCCUCCAGCCAGCCAGUGUUGCCCUGAGGAAGCAGGAGGAGGAGGAGAUAAAGCGCUCAAAGGCCCUGUCUGACAGCUAUGAACUCUCCACGGACCUGCAGGACAAGAAGGUGGAAAUGCUGGAGAGGAAGUAUGGGGGCUCCUUCCUGAGCCGCAGGGCCGCCAGGACCAUCCAGACGGCCUUCCGCCAGUACCGCAUGAACAAGAACUUUGAGCGGCUCCGCAGCUCAGCUUCAGAGAGUCGCAUGUCCCGCCGCAUCAUCCUUUCCAACAUGCGGAUGCAGUUCUCCUUUGAAGAAUAUGAGAAGGCACAGAACCCCGCGUACUUCGAGGGCAAGCCUGCCUCGCUGGACGAGGGUGCCAUGGCUGGGGCCCGGAGCCACCGGCUUGAACGGGGGCUCCCAUAUGGCGGCUCCUGCGGAGGGGGCAUCGAUGGUGGGGGAAGCUCCGUCACCACAUCUGGAGAGUUUUCUAAUGACAUCACGGAGCUUGAGGACUCCUUCUCCAAACAGGUAAAGUCUCUGGCUGAAUCCAUUGACGAGGCCUUGAACUGCCACCCAUCGGGGCCCAUGUCUGAGGAACCAGGGUCAGCCCAGCUGGAGAAGCGAGAGUCAAAGGAACAGCAAGAGGACAGCUCGGCCACAUCCUUCAGUGACCUUCCCCUCUACUUGGAUGACCCAGUUCCCCCACCAUCCCCUGAACGACUGCCUAGCACAGAGCCCCCUGCCCAGGGCAGACCUGAGUUCUGGGCACCAGCCCCUCUCCCUCCAGUUCCUCCACCAGUGCCAGCAGGGUCCCGGGAAGAUGGUAGCCGUGAGGAAGGCACUCGCAGGGGUCCUGGGUGCUUGGAAUGUCGGGAUUUCCGGCUGCGGGCUGCCCACCUGCCCCUGCUUACCAUUGAACCUCCCAGUGACAGCUCCGUGGACCUGAGUGACCGCUCAGAUCGCGGCUCUGUCCACCGUCAGCUCGUGUAUGAGGCUGAUGGCUGCAGCCCCCAUGGGACCCUGAAGCACAAGGGGCCACCAGGCAGGGCCCCAAUCCCACACCGCCACUACCCGGCCCCGGAGGGCCCAGCCCCAGCCCCGCCAGGGCCCCUACCACCAGCCCCCAACAGUGGCACUGGGCCCAGUGGUGUGGCUGGGGGUCGGAGGUUGGGGAAGUGCGAGGCAGCAGGCGAGAACUCUGAUGGUGGAGAUAACGAGAGCCUUGAGAGCUCCAGCAAUUCCAACGAGACCAUCAACUGCAGCUCUGGCUCCUCUUCGCGGGACAGCCUGAGGGAGCCUCCAGCCACUGGCCUGUGCAAGCAGACCUACCAGCGGGAGACCAGGCACAGCUGGGACUCGCCAGCCUUCAACAACGAUGUGGUGCAGAGGCGGCACUACCGAAUUGGCCUCAACCUGUUCAAUAAGAAGCCAGAGAAGGGUAUCCAGUAUCUGAUUGAGCGGGGCUUCCUGUCAGACACGCCGGUGGGAGUGGCUCACUUCAUCCUGGAACGGAAAGGCCUGAGCCGGCAGAUGAUAGGGGAAUUCCUAGGCAACCGGCAGAAGCAGUUCAACAGAGACGUGUUGGACUGUGUGGUGGAUGAAAUGGACUUCUCCUCCAUGGAUUUGGAUGACGCGCUCCGGAAGUUCCAAUCCCACAUCCGGGUUCAGGGUGAGGCCCAGAAAGUGGAACGACUCAUUGAAGCCUUCAGCCAGCGGUACUGUGUGUGUAACCCAGCCCUCGUGCGCCAGUUCCGGAAUCCAGACACCAUUUUCAUCCUUGCUUUUGCCAUCAUCCUCCUCAAUACUGACAUGUACAGUCCCAGCGUCAAGGCUGAACGCAAGAUGAAACUAGAUGACUUCAUCAAGAACCUGAGAGGGGUUGACAAUGGUGAAGACAUCCCCCGAGACCUCCUAGUGGGCAUUUACCAGCGCAUCCAGGGACGCGAACUGCGGACCAAUGAUGACCACGUGUCCCAAGUGCAGGCUGUGGAGCGCAUGAUUGUAGGCAAGAAACCGGUCCUAUCUCUUCCUCACCGUCGACUGGUUUGCUGCUGCCAGCUCUAUGAGGUGCCAGAUCCAAACCGCCCACAGAGGCUAGGGUUGCACCAGCGGGAGGUCUUCCUCUUCAACGAUCUCCUUGUGGUCACCAAAAUUUUCCAGAAGAAGAAGAUCUUGGUGACAUACAGUUUCCGUCAGUCCUUUCCCCUCGUGGAAAUGCACAUGCAGCUCUUCCAGAAUUCAUAUUACCAGUUUGGGAUCAAGUUGCUGUCUGCAGUACCUGGUGGGGAGCGCAAAGUCCUCAUCAUCUUCAACGCCCCCAGCCUCCAGGACCGGCUGCGCUUCACAUCUGACCUCCGAGAAUCCAUCGCUGAGGUGCAGGAGAUGGAAAAAUACCGUGUGGAGUCGGAGCUAGAAAAGCAGAAAGGUAUGAUGCGGCCUAACACCUCACAGCCCGGAGGGGCCAAGGACUCGGUGAACGGCACACUGGCCCGAAGCAGCCUGGAGGACACUUACGGGGCAGGCGAUGGGCUCAAACGGGGUGCACUCAGCAGUUCCCUGCGAGACCUCUCAGAUGCAGGGAAGCGGGGGCGGCGUAACAGCGUGGGAUCGCUGGACAGCACCAUCGAAGGGUCUGUUAUUAGCAGUCCACGCCCUCAUCAGAGGAUGCCACCUCCACCCCCACCCCCGCCGCCAGAGGAGUACAAGAGCCAGAGGCCCGUCUCCAACUCCUCAUCCUUCCUGGGCUCCCUAUUUGGAAGCAAGCGUGGCAAGGGGCCCUUCCAGAUGCCACCGCCACCAACAGGCCAGGCCUCUGCCUCCUCUUCAUCUGCUUCUUCCACCCACCACCACCACCACCACCACCACCACGGUCACAGCCACGGUGGCCUGGGGGUGCUGCCUGAUGGGCAGUCCAAGCUCCAGGCCCUGCAUGCCCAGUAUUGCCAAGGACCAGGCCCGGCCCCGCCGCCCUACCUGCCACCCCAGCAACCCCCUCUCCCCCCACCGCCUCAGCAGCCCCCGCCCCUGCCGCAGCUGGGCUCCAUUCCACCACCUCCCGCUUCAGCUCCUCCUGUGGGGCCGCAUCGCCACUUCCAUGCCCAUGGCCCAGUCCCAGGCCCCCAGCACUAUACCUUGGGCCGGCCAGGCAGAGCUCCCAGACGGGGGGCCGGAGGACACCCUCAGUUUGCUCCACAUGGCCGCCACCCCCUGCACCAGCCCACCUCCCCCUUGCCCCUGUACAGUCCUGCCCCCCAGCACCCUCCAGCCCACAAACAGGGCCCCAAGCACUUCAUCUUCAGCCACCACCCACAGAUGAUGCCAGCAGCGGGGGCCGCUGGGGGCCCUGGAUCUCGGCCGCCAGGGGGCUCCUACUCCCACCCCCACCACCCCCAGUCACCAUUGUCACCGCACUCACCCAUCCCACCCCACCCCUCCUACCCACCCCUGCCCCCACCCUCACCCCACACCCCACACUCGCCCCUGCCACCCACCUCCCCCCAUGGCCCACUGCACGCCUCUGGGCCCCCCGGCACGGCCAACCCACCCACUGCAAACCCCAAGGCCAAGCCAAGCCGGAUCAGCACCGUGGUCUGAUGAAUGGAGUGUGUGAGCUGGGGACUGGGAAGGUCUGGGGAAUCUGCAGGAGAGAGACCUCUCUGCUUCCUCAGUUUUUCCAAAAUAUACAUGCACCUAGAAA